AUGGCACCUUUGCCAGCCGCCCGAUUGAUACCUUGUAAUGUUUUUGAGCAUGUAGGGGUGGACCUCGGUGGUCCGUUCUUUACAAAAGAAAGUUUACGACGAAAUGCUAGGGUUGAACGGUCAUAUUUAGCAUUAUUUAUUUGUUAUUCGACAAAAGCUGUACACCUUGAAGUCUUAUCGUCGUUGUCAUCGGACUGUUUCCUCGCGUGUUUAGACAGAUUUGUAGCGCGACGCGGUGUGUGCUCCUUCCUUUAUUCGGAUUGCGGAACUAAUUUCAUAGCUGCUAGUAAGCAUUUAACCGAAGUACAAAGAUUUAUGCUCGAACAAAAAAACAAUAUAUUAGAGGGUUGCUCAAAACGACAAAUUAUAUGGAGAUUUAAUCCCCCUGGUGCACCACAUAUGGGUGGGCUCUGGGAAGCUGGAAUUAAAUCCGCCAAGUAUCUAUUAACGCGAGCCGUAGGAGAAAAAAGUUUGACGUUCGAGGAACUCACAACAGUGUUUUGUAAAGUAGAAGCGAUUCUCAACUCGCGGCCGCUUUGUCCGUUACCAGCUAGUGAUAAUCCUGAUGAGUUCAACGUUUUGACUGCGGGACACUUUCUAAUUGGAAAAGGGUUAACAGCAGUACCUGAGUAUAAUGUAGAGGAUAUAACAAUAAAUCGAUUAUCACGUUGGCAAUAUAUUCAAAAAUGUUCACAAAUGUUUUGGCGUAGAUGGAGUCACGAAUAUCUAAAUACGCUGCAACAGAAAGCAAAGUGGCAUUCGGAUAGAUCUAAUAUAAAAAUAGGUGAUCUCGUAAUCAUAAAAACUAAUAAUGUACCGCCGUGCAAUUGGCCUUUGGGUAGAAUUGAGGCUCUUCACCCCGGUCCAGAUGGGAUUGUUCGUUGUGUUACGCUUCGCACUCAAAAGAGUACUCUACAGAGACCAGUUAAUAAACUGAGUCCUCUACCUUAUUCAAAUUAG